AAAGUUUAACAAGGUUGUUAAGUAAUCAAUCCGUUGGUCUAUACAUGAAUGCGUAAAAUUGGUUAAUCAGUGACUUUGCUUUUGCUGUGGUUUGAAAUAAAUGAGAUUCCGGCCUACACGUACAUUGAGGGUUUUCUACAGUGCAGUUACAAACAGAGAGAAUUUACGAAUGGCUCGAAACCUUAUCGGUUAUGGUGUAUUUGCCGCGUUCUUUUACACAUAUGUCUACCCUAGUAUAAUUGUAGCAUCUGCUGCUGUAUCUGCUCUGUACUAUGGACUUGGUGGUUGGGAAUUCCUCAGUGUGUUCAGGAAAACUAUUAAACGAGAUUUAAAAGCAGCAAAAGCGUUGAUCCAGUUCAAAUUCCUUCUGAACAAAAAUGUGAAACACAACCGGACAAUCAACCGAAUAUUCGAUGACGUCAUGCGUCGACACCCUCGUAAGGUAGCAGUGCAGUGGGAGGACGUUUCGUGGUCUUUUCAUGAUCUCUAUGAGUAUUCUAACGCUGUUGGCAACUACUUUCACAAGCAAGGUUUUAAACAUGGAGACGUUGUCGCUAUUUUCGCCGAUAAUCGACCAGAAUACAUCGCAUUGUGGCUUGGUUUGGCUAAGAUCGGCGUAACUGCUGCCCUUAUUAACUACAACCUGAGGAAAGAUGCAUUGGCACAUUGUAUUAAUAUCUCACUCUGCAAAGGGGUGGUUUAUGUUGGACAUCUGGGUGAUGCCCUGGGAGAAGUUCAUUCAGAGCUGAAGACAGAUUUGAAGUAUUACGUUAUGUGUGGGGAUGAGGGGAAGAACGCACUUCAUGAGAGCAUUAAUAUCGACCCUGUGUUCAAAACUGAGAGCCGCCUUCAACCCCCCGAGCCAGCCAAUGCUUCAUACUUUGAUAAACUUAUGUUUAUCUACACAUCUGGGACAACUGGGUUGCCAAAGGCUGCGGUUAUAUCACAUAGCAGGUUCUAUUACAUGUGUACAAUGUCCAACCUACUUGUUGGUUAUAACAGCAAUGAUAAUGUAUAUUGCUCGUUACCACUCUACCAUUCUAAUGGAGGCAUAGUUGGUUUGGGCCAGAUGUUAUGUCAUGGAAUUGGUUUCACUAUUCGGUCAAAGUUUUCUGCAAGCAGGUUCUGGACGGAUUGCAAAAGAUAUAACUGCACUGUGAUACUUUACAUUGGGGAGAUAUGCCGAUACUUAUUGGCGCAACCCGUGAAAGUAUCGGACCGUGACCAUAACGUUCGCAUUGCAAGCGGUAACGGAUUGAGACCCGAGAUCUGGACCCAGUUUGUUGAAAGAUUCAACAUAGGAAGAGUAGCGGAGUUCUAUGGGGCAACCGAGGGAAACGCAAACCUCAUGAACACGGAGAAUGUAACUGGGUCGUGUGGAUUUAUAUCUGUUAUUGCUCCAACUAUCUACCCGGUUACUUUAUUAAAAGUUGACGAGGAUCAAGAAUUAGUUCGAGAUAAAAACGGGCUCUGUAUCAAGUGCAAACCAGGUGAAUACGGGAUGUUGGUCGGGAAGAUUAUCAAACAAAGUUUGACCCAGAGGUUCGAUGGUUACGCUGAUAAAGAAGCCUCGAAGAAGAAAGUUGCGUACGACGUUUUGCAGAAGGGUGACAGUGUGUUUAUGACAGGUGAUGUCCUCACCAUGGACAAGUAUGGAAACAUGUACUUCAAAGAUAGAACGGGCGAUACCUUCCGUUGGAAAGGUGAAAACGUUUCAACGGCUGAAUGCGAAGCAGAGCUGGGUAAAGUUCUUGGGAACCAACACACUGUUGCUGUGUAUGGAGUCACAAUACCAGGUACUGACGGCAAAGCUGGUAUGGCAGCCGUGUUAGAUGUUGACGAUACAGUUGAUCUUGAACAACUGUAUGAUGGUGUAGUGAGGGCGUUUGCUACGUAUGCGAGACCUUUGUUUGUAAGAAAAGUUAAACAUAUGGAGAUUACAGGAACUCACAAAAUAAAGAAAGUAGCUUUGAGAAAGGAAGGAUAUAAUGUGAAUGAAAUAUCCGAUCCCUUGUUCUUUCUUGACGCGGCACAGAAGAAAUACGUGACACUAGAUGGGGCACUUUACGCUAAGAUCCUUGAUGGGGGAGUCCGGGUUUAAACUUCCGCCAACAAUUUGUAAAAAAAUUUGGACAUUUUUUUUAACAAAUGCGAAAAAAUAAAGGGAUGCAGGAAAUUUCAACAAAUUUAAAAAAUUUUGAAACAAAAAAUUGUUUCAAAAAGUUUCCCUUUUUUUAAUUUUUACUAAAUUUUUUUGAAUUCAGUUAGUAAUAUGGUCAAUUUGUAAUUUGCAUAUGGAAGUUAUUUUAUGUAUUUUAUUCAACUCAAUAGUGUUUGCAAACUAAAUUGAUUCCAAAGUAAACAGCUCUACCUGAUAGCUUCAAAAAAAAUAAAUUCCGAAAAAUGUCACACAAAACUAAAACUGAAUAAAUUUCAGACACAUUUUUAUAGACACUUUUAAAGUUAAAUCAAGUUAUAUUCACUUAACAUUUCUUCAAAAAUUCUUGAUUUUUCAGAACUUCUAACCCAAAAAAGGGCAUUUUUUAAACAUCUGCAGGAACAUCUAUGCUUUAACUGGUAGUUGGGAAUUUUUCCUCAUUUAAUGAUCAAAAUAACCAAAAAAUGGACAAUUUUUACUGAAUGGCUUUUUUAAUUGACCGUGAUUUUCAAUUUCUGCAUUUUAAUUAUCCACCCUGGUCUAAUCACAUGCCCCAUGGUUCCUCACUGUAGGACCUCACCCAUAUAAAAUAGAAUGUGCUUAUACAAUGUUGGGAUAAUGGGACAACUCUGGUCUAAAUCCCAGGUUCCAUGGCGCGCCUUACUGUAGGACCUCACCCAUAUAAAAUAGAAUGUGCAUAUACAAUGUUGGGGUAAUAGACAACUCUGGUCUAAAUUCUAGGUCCCAUGGCGUGCCUCACUGUAGGACCUCACCCAUAUAAAAUAGAAUGUGCAUAUACAAUGUUGGGGUAAUAGACAACUCUGGUCUAAAUUCUAGGUCCCAUGGCGUGCCUCACUGUAGGACCUCACCCAUAUAAAAUAGAAUGUGCAUAUACAAUGUUGGGGUAAUGGGCAAACUCUGGUCUAAAUCCUAGGUCUCAUGGCGUGCCUCACUGUAGGACCUCACCCAUAUAAAAUAAAAAUAUUUCAUCCUAAUACGUUAUAUUUAAUUUGAAUGUUUCUUGUUUGUAGCCACAGAAGUUUAUGCAAAUUUGUCGUGUAAUUUUGUAUUCCGUAGCGCUAAUCUUAACAUCAGAAAUAAAUCUUCGAAUGAAAUUUAA